GGCGAAGAGAGCGUUAAAAACGUGUCGCGUUCCGGAGGCUUUGUUUUGGUUCUCCUCCUUCGAAUUCCUCCCUCGUUUAUUCGCCCUUUUCUUGCUCCCUUACGCCCGGGCGAGGCUGGGAAAUGAUGCACGAGUACGCCAAGGAGGUGAAACAGGAGAAGAAGGGCGGAAAUGCGAGGAUUUUCAAGCCCUUUCACGUGCGGAAGUUCAAGAAUCUGCAGGAGGUUUACGAGUGCCUGGAGGAUUAUCAGGAACAGACGGUGACGCACUUUAUGAAGUUUAAUAGGGACAAGAACUUCGGCAAUGAAGAAUACAUGCCAAACAUUGAGAAGGGCCGCAUCCACUACUGGUCGCACACAGGCAAGUGUGGCGUUCCCAUUGAGUAUGAUGGAGUGCCCUUCAUGCACGUGGGCAGAUGGGUACUCAUGUGCCACCAGGGCCAAGACACCAAUAAACGGCACAAGGAAAAAUACCAGAUACGCAAACAUAUCGAGCAGCAGGAGAGUGGAGUGACACCAAAGAGUAGAAAUCGCACUCAGGUUACAAAGAAGGUGAACUGUCCAGCAGAAAUAUACGUGAACCAUAUCAUGAAGUUCCCACAGCAUAAGGUUCCAAAUGCGCUCUUGGCCAUCAACUCCCUACCCACAGACCACAUGAGGAAGUUGGCCAAGAAGAAGAUCAUCAACAGUUAUAAGCGCUACUCAAACCGAUUUGUGAGGGAGUCGUGGUAUUAUGUCAGGCUGCCUGAUCCUUCUGCGCACGAAGGGCAUCCAGUCAUCGGUCUGGUGAAACAGGAGCCAGUGGCCAGCCUUGCAGCCGAGGCCACCAUAGAGAUCUCGAGUCAGGAUGGGGCACCAACUACGGUGAAGAGAAAAAAACCAGGCAAAAGUACAAGGUUCCGCACCAAAGAGCCAGUUGACCCAAGGGUGCUGCAGAAGAUGUAUGAGUUGACGAGGCAGGGCGUCUCGACCGUAAAGAUGAUGCAAGAGUCAAUUGCCGAAUUUGUCAAAGAGGAGCUGUUUCCUUUCGGAGAACCACCGCCUACAAUGUACAGACGUUACAAUCCUACAGCCUCCGACAUCCAGAAUGCCAUGUACAAGGUCAAGCAAGAAAUGCGUUUGGAAGGAAAGAGCAUCCUGCAGUACCGUUGUGCCGCGCUAGUACGGGAAAUCACAGAACUAGUCGUGCAAACAGAUAGUGAAGAAUAUCUUAAUCAGCUGGAGGAACAGUUACGAAAUAUAUACAACGCUGUUAGGAAUACAGUUCCUGUUCAGCAAGUUCAGUUUAGUAAACCAGAACAGGAGGCAGAGAAGGGCAAGCGGCUGUUAUGCGAGAGUCAGCUGGUGGCCGCUCUCCCUGCCGAAGGGGAGCCCAAGGCCAAGAGAGGGAGAAGGCGCAGGCAGAUGGAGCACCAGACAGAAUUGGAGGCCGCCACAUACCACCUCAAAUUGGAGAACCAGCAGUUACAUUCUGGGGAUCAGCAGAUGGUGUUAGAAGGCGUACAACCAACAUUUUACGAGGAACAGCAACAAGGCCAAGUGCUUGAGCAUCACCAGGUUCACGAAAUCAUACAGCGGGAGGACGGAACUAUCACCGAAGUCUACUACUAUCAACCCAUAGAGCAGUACGAACAAUACGUUAAGGAAGAUGGUACCUCUCAAGAACAGGCCCAGUAUCAGGCAGACACUAUUAUCAUAGAGCCACAGAAUAUCAAGACUGAACCACCUCAAGUGGAUAAUUUCUAGUCCAAAGUCUGCUUAUAGCUUUUGAAAGUUUAGCAAGAAUGACUGUUUUGUAUCCUACUGAGAAACCAAAGACUUGUGCUGAUUUCAAAAUAAGACGCCUCAAAUGUACGCGAAUGGCAAUACAUUCUCAUCGUACAACUGGGACGCCUCUGCUCAGGUUAGAUUACAGUAUAUUAUUGUGCAGUAAAGACAAGUGUUAUAUGAUGCUCUCACAAGGCGAUAAUACUUGUCAUAUGUAAAUUAUAUGUUUUACUGCACAGAUUACAAAUGCUUGUGAUAUCAUAUUAUAUAAGAUUAUGAGCACUUCUGUAAUAAAAAGAUCAUAGUAC